AUGGCGCCAAAGAAGGCGCCGGCGGAGGCCAAGGCCCGCGGGCGAAGACCCUCUGCGGUGGACCUGCUUCAGCGGAAUUUGUCCUUUGCAGAAUGCAGCGUGGACCAGAUCGGCCUGGCGGUUCUCGCGGAAGAUCCGUCCACCAAAUUUGACGCUCCCUUCUGGUGCACUCUGCUGACCGGAACUCCUCCUGAGGAGUUCCGCUCGCUACAGAACCGCACGCUGGGCUUCUGGAUCCAGGCUUUCAACCGGUGGCAGGAGUGCGGCGGCUGGACUCCAGGCAAAGCGCCGGAGCUGGUGGACGGGGACGCGCUGAACAAGAUCUUGCGGGUGCCGCCCAACAAGUGCAUUGAGAUCAUCAAGCUGUUCGACCCCGCGGGGCAUCGGCGGCUCUCGGGGGCCAGCGGAGGUGAAGCCCUGAAGAAGUGCAAGAUCCGGAUUUGUGAGCUGAUGAUGGCGGGAGUGGUGCUCUCCCGGCUGAUCGCUACAAAACAGAAGCUGAAGUUCAUCCUAGGCCUGUUCGACGUGGAUGAUAGCCGGUCCCUGGACGAAUCCGAGUUUGCUUGCUUCGUGUCCGCUUUCAUCCACGGCCUCGGCGCGGCGUUCGGCCUGCGGAAAGAUGACGACAUCAUGCCCACCACGAAGCAAAUUCAGCUGGUGGUGCAGCGGCUCUACGACCGCCUGGGCGCCAUCGCCAAGGCGCGGAUCUGCGCUUUGGCGGAGGCGCUGGUGGGCAACGAGCGCCAGGCGCUCGCGGAGGCCAUCCGUUCCCACCAGCUGGAUAAGGUGAGCCUGAACCGCACCAGCAGCAAGCCUAGACGCCAGGUCUUACCAUUCGAGACGCUGAUCGGCUGGUGCUUCCGAGAGUACCAGGACCCUCUGGCGCUUCCCUACGCGCUGUCCAUUGAGCGCUUCUGCCCCAAGCUGCAGCCGCUGGAUGAGGACCCGGAGGCUUUCCUGGAGGAGGAGAAGAGGUUCUACCUCUCGCACAAGGGGCCUGUGCCCCUUCCCAUGGAGAGCACGGUGGCCCAUGAUGCCAGCAUGCUGACGCGGAAGGAGGUGAUCCUCGCCAGGGAGGUCUUCCGGUUCUGCCUGCAGGAGGGCACCUUCCAGAUGUCCCACUCCGAGCUGCAAGAGGGGCUCCGGCGCGAGGACCUCACCGCCCAGCUCUGGUCCAAGCUGCAAUCGGCCAUGGAACGCAUCAACGACGAGCGGUCCCGGGGCAUCAAGGUGGACAUCUUUUCCUUCCUGCGGAAGCUGCAUCCAGGCGCGCAGCCCAUGCACCUGCGGAUGUUUGAUGGCUGGAUGCAGCAGUUCGACCAGAUGAAGGAGCAGAAGAAGUUUGUGGAGGCCUGCGAACAGUCGGUGCAGUCCUUGCACCACACCAGCACUUUGCCGGUGAUUCCCGACCUCGAGCUGGCGGAGCUCGAGAGGCAGUUCAAGAGCAUCGACCUCGAAAACUCUGGGCUCAUCACCCUGCAGCAGAUCGAGCGGGCCAUGAGCUUGGACUGCGAGGUGCUGCGGAAGUACGACGUGUCCAACGACGGCUUCAUCGACUUCCACGAGUUCGUGGCCAUGAUGUGUCCCACCGAGUACCGCCCACCCGAGAUGUGCGGCUUUGACCAGGAGGUGCUGGGCAGCCUGGUGAAGAUGCGUGCGGCGCGGAUGCGCUCGGGGCUGGACCAGCAGGUGGCGCUCUAUGAGAGCCCGGCCGAUGCCAAGGCUGAGGGGGUGCGCAAGAGCGAGAUGCCCGCCUCCAUGCGGCCGGAAGUGCCAGAAGAGACCUGGGCGGCCUGGAACUCGGUCUUCGACCGCGUGGACAACGACGGGGAUAAUACCAUAUCCGAUGCGGAGCUGAGGUCCUCGAUGCUCCUGUCGCAGGAUGUCUGCGAGCAGCUCAUCGCUUCCACGCGGGCCGAGGGCAAGCUGGGCAUUCCCCGGCGAGACUUUCUGCUGUCUUUGCUGGACUUCUACAAAUGCCGACGACCUGCCUUUGUGAUGAUGAAGGAGACCUGA